AUCCGUAUCGGUGGUCCACUACUGUUAGACACGGAAUAUUGAUAAUCAUAAGCUAGUUCUAGUACUUCCACAACCGUUGGAACCAUUUGAAAGGUCGUAUUAGAGUUUUUCAGAGGUAAUUCGAAAGACUACUUUGCAACCAAUCAUCGAAGCCUGAUGUAUGCGACAGUUGGUAAUUUGAUAUGAUUGUGUAAAUUAUCCUAUAUACUUUGUAUAGUGAGCCAUUUUGAACGAAAACAAUAAAAUGGAAAUAUAUCACGAAAUAAAGGUUUAAGAAUAAAUAACUGGUACAAUUAUGAAGCUUUUGAUUUGGUGAUUAUGAUGACACUCGGCAAUCCAAAAUUUAUCCAAUCAUUUCACGGAAAUCGAUCUAAUAUGAGCGUAAUAUCGAUAAAUAUUGAACACAUUUAGUAAAUUUCUACAUCAUAAUACAAGUGAAGCCCUUCAAAAUUCAUGGUUUAUACUUAUGAACGUUUUUGGUCGUCAUGACUAGAUUAUUUCAAGUAAACAUUCACUUUUAGUUGUUUCAAUGCUUUUGAAAAUGGAGAAUGAGCGCUCGAAUCUCUUGGCUAUCGUCAAACUUGUUGUACACGAUCUAAUUCAGCUUACAUUUGAUCAACAUCAGGUUUCUCUUGAUGAAAACAUUUUCUGGGGUGAAUCUAGGACUGUUCAUUGUGAAGAGGUUCUAAAUAUUGUCUGGCGGUUGCUUUCUGUUGUUGAGCACUGUCUCUGUCAUGGUUUACGUCGAGAUUACACAAUGCCUGACUCUUUUGACGACAACAAUGAAAGAACUUCAUCGAAAGGAUUAAUGAAGGAUGCGACAACUGUCGUCCGAAGAGCACGUAAUCAUGCCGUUUCCGCUGCAAAUAUUUUUAUGAAAAAUUCGUCACAUCCAAAUCCUUGGCCCGUAUUAUUAGAAGCAGAAAAAUUGUCAAAGACCACAGAUUCUAUAAGUAAAACUGUUGCUACGAUGACCGAAAUACGGACUGGACUAGGUCGCUCUCGCGUUUGGUUAAGGCACGCUUUAAUGAGAAAGCAACUAGGAGAGUUUUUUCAAGUCAUAAUAGAUUCCAUCGAUUCUUCCAAUUCAAAUGGGAGUUUUGAGAGUUCUCCAAAAGUCUGUGAAAGCAACGCAAUUCCUGUAACACAAAAUUCCAGUACAUUUGCUACAUUUUAUCACUCCGGUGCUUUGCUUUUAAAUAACGAAGGAGUUGUCGUAACCGGUUUGUUAGCAACUUUGAAGUCUAUAGACUUUUGCUUCAUACUGAAAGAUAAUCUGUCUUACAUGGAUAAACCGUUACACGUAGUACCGUACCACAUAUAUUUACAGGCUAACUUGAAUAGACUUGAAAAGUUAUAUUCAAAAGUAAAUUUAUGUCGUCCAGCAGAUUUAUCAUCUUCAAUCGACCAGAAGAAUUUUUUAGAAGAUUUAUGCAACGUACUGAAGAAACGAAUCGAUCGAGAAAAUACAAUAAAUCAAAGACUAAACAAUGAAAUUACACACCUUUCUAAGCAGAUGGAAUCCAUGAAACUUGAAAAUCGGAGUUUGUAUAUCACCGUAGCACAACUGAAAAAGGACCAAGUUGGUUUAAAUAACAUGCAUUCAGAAAAUAUGGAAGCAGUGAGUCGCAUAAAUCAAUUAGAGUCUGAAUUAAAAAAUUGCCAAAAGACAAAUGAAGAAAAUGCUGAACUUGUUGAAUCGAUUCGAAGUCAUUUAGAUGAAUCAAAUAAAAGAUGUAAUCAGUUAACUCGAUAUUUAUUCGAUUCCCAGUCGUCACUUGAACAUAAACAAACUAUAAUUAAACAAUUAGAAGCUAAGUGUAAAGGAAUGACAAAUAUGAUUGAACAGAUGAACGAGAGAAUAGCUAAGCUUACUAAUGAAAAGGUUUCACAGGAACGAGAUUUAUAUAAACUACGCGAAGAGUUGUCAAACGCAGACACAAAAUCUGUUGAGCAGUUAAAAGUGAUUGAAAAUCAAGCUAGUCAGAUCGAAAGAUUAAAAACUGAAUUGAAUGAGCAAACAAUCGAGUUGAAUAAUUCAAAGAUGGCUUCUGACCAGCUAGUUUUGUGUAAAUUAUCAUUAUUUCUAUUCAAUAAAUCCUACUUCAGUGAUGAUUUUUGGUGAUCAUUCAUUGUGUAAGUUAUGCUAAUGUCAGGAGAAAACUUCACUAAAAACAUGCGGUUUGUUUACUUUUUUUGCUUUUGUGUUCUAAACAAGUAUAUUACUUUCUUCUAAAAUUGAUGUGCAUGAAGUUAUAGUUUGAAGCUUGAUGGAUUGUGGACCUUUCAUGCCAUAAAGUCACCCGUAUUCAGCUUAGAUCCUGGCUCAAAUGUGCGUUUGAUUAAGUUGCUACACUACUUUAGCACAAGGAGAUGAAGUUAACACGUUAAAUAACUAAGGAAUGGAAGUGAUCGAUUCUGAGUCAUUCAAAGUCUCCAGCCACUAAUUCCAGUUACCGGGUAAACCCUAACCAGGCAUUUUGGACCUGCCAACAGGGUCCAGACAAACGAUUAUGGAUAAUGUCAUGUUUUAGUUUAGCUACUCCUACAUUUCUUCCAGCUUACUCCUACACCAGUUAACAUUACAAAUCGAGGUAAGUGGUGCUUAGUCAUGGGCAGCAUACGAAAAUUUACAGUCUCAUCAACCUGUUUGUUACCUUUACGUAGUACCUUUUGUGUAACUUCAACAUUACUCACUCUGUUUUUCAAUGAAAUGCCAGUAGUUCCUUGAAGACAUCUUUGAUCAUAUAUCCUUGGUUUAAUUAAGAGAACCUUCGUAACUACUAGGGUUGUUUUCCAAUAUUAGCAAAUUGAGGAUUUGCUUGAUUUACUUUUUUUUUCUCAAAGAACAGUAGUGGUUCUUAUCAUUCAUUAUUCAUUGUAGAUUUUGUUUUCCUUCUGCACACUAGUUGUUUCUUUCUCUUCCUACGUACAGAUUUUGAUGGCUUCUAAUCUAUCAAUGUUUUUCAAAUGAGAGAUCUGUAUGUAAUGACAAUAAAUUAUCAAUAUCAGUCUCAAAAAUUCAUCCUUUAUCAGUGGUCUUCCCAAAAGCUUUAUGGUAAUUUAGAGAUUUAUUCAGUCAGCUUGUUAAGUCAACUCAUCGGGCUUUAUCUUCAAGUUUAAUCUUAUCUGCAAAGCUUUUUUACUGACAGUGUCUCGUUAAGUGAAGACAUCCAGUUUUAAGAACUAUUAUAAUAUUUGUCUCAGUGCUUUCAUUUUUUUCGAAUUUAUUUAUCGUACAUUUCUUUUCAUAAGUAGUAUUUGUGUUUUUACCAAGACCUUUAGAUAUUUUUCAAUUUACUUGGAAGAAUGUUAAAAUUUGAAGAUAGAUGAACUGUGUGAUCUCAGUAGUUUGACACAUAACCUCUCAGUGUAUAGAUAAUUUGGGAGGUUAAUUUAAUUUACUUUGCAUCUAGUUUCGUCUUAAUUGAUUAAAAAUCUAUUUUAAUUUGUUUUCAUGUUCCACCCUCCUAUGGUAUUAUGUACUGUCACCUAAAUGAUGGCUUAAGUCAAUUUUCUUUUCAAACCACAAUAUUCUUUACUUUGCUGACACAGAAAGUCUGUAUUUAAAGAUCAAACAAAAGGAUAUUCUCAGAAUGGGUUUUGUGGAGAGUUUUAGAAAUUUCACAGGUUGGAAUCAUGAGUCAAUUGAAGCUAGACCACCACAGAAAACCUGGAAGCAUUGGAUGGCCGUUUCGUCCUAGUAUGGGACUCCUCAGCAGUGCGCAUCCACGAACCCGCCCCACACGGGAUUCGAACCCAGGACCUGCUGGCUUCGCGCGCGAGCACUUAGUCACUAGACCACUGAGACGGCAUCCGACGGUGUUAAUGUCUAACUUCAACCAAUCCACGAAGUUGCGCCACCGUACACCAUUGUCUUCAGUGAGUUGUUAUCUCACAACAGAUCCCGCGUGGUGCGGGGUCGUAGAUGCGCACUGCUGAGGAGUCCCAUACUAGGACGAAACGGCUGUCCAGUGCUUCCAGGUUUUCCAUGGUGGUCUAGCUUCAAUCGACUCAUGAUUUCAACCUGUGAAAAGAAUAUUCAUUCGAUGUAGAAUUUUCGCGAGAUGUUAGAUUUUAGUUUCUUUACUAUUUCAGUUCUAUUACUUAUAGACCGGUUCAUUUUAUUGCUACGGUCACUCCAAUUAAUAAUCACAACAUGGAUAUUUCAGUUUUAUGUCGAUUUUCGAAAUAUUAGUUUUCGCUUUCUACUUUUUACUGUGAAGUUCAUUAUUUUUCACUGAUAACUGUGGUCAAAGUUAUUUUACAGCAUUACAUCAUAUGAUCGUUCAUUAAUUUUUGCUUUCUAGGAAGUUGAGGAGUUAGACAAACAACUUAAAGUCUGGCGUAAACUGUGUGAAGAACAGGAGUAUAGUUUAUCCGAAAUGGCUGCGGUUGUGAAUUCGAGUAAGCUUGAAGCUGAAAGUUUGCGUGAGUCACAUAGUGCAUUCAGUGAUGCUCAAUGGGCAAAUGAUUCUGAAAAUCCAAACUGUUUUCUUUGUCAGAGUCUGUUCAAUGUUAGUCGUCGUCGGGUAUGUUGUUUCUGUAUGUAUAAUAAUUAGAAUUCCCAUUUAUUCGUAAGAAACAAUUAUUUCGAAUAUCUCUUCUUGUUGUGGGACCAAUGAUAGGAUAGUUACAUACUGAUUUACGGUACAAAUCAUAACGAUGAUGAGUUAUCAUUCUUGGAUUGCUUAGUAAAAAGAAAUCCAAAUGGAAUUCUGAACCUAUCCAUUUACCGAAAACCUACGCACUCAAAUCGUUAUAUUGACUUUCAUUCAGCACAUCCUUUUAAUGCUAAGAUCUCGCUAGCAUUAAAUCUUUUUAGGAGAGCUAACAAGAUCAUCACAUCAGAGGAAGACAAACAAAAGAAUGUAUUUAGCAUCUUACAAUUUAAUAAUUCUCCUAUGAAGAUUAUCAGCAGUAUAUUAAAACAAGACAGUUUAGUACGUUAUAAUAAUGAUUCGAAUGAAAUGCUAUGGAUUGGUACUGCAGUUCUACCAUACCGUCAUGGCACAACAGAAGAACUUCAAAGAAUCUUGAAACAACACAGAAUUAAAGUAUAUUACAAAACAACGAACACACUACGAAAUACUUUAGUUCGCCUAAAAGAAAAAAUCCGGUUCUUGUCCACAUAGAACCGCAUCUACAAAUUAGGUUGUAUCGAUUGUGAUGCCUUCUAUAUUGGAGAGUCAUCCCGCGAAAUCUUGACUAGAGCCAAAGAACAUAUUAGGUACACAAAGAAACCUCCUAACAAUCCUGUAGAAUUGGAUCAACUUCAGAUUAAAUCGGCGAUAACAGUUCAUGCCAUUUUCAACGACCACCAAAUUGAUUUUAAAAACAUCAAAAUAUUGCAAAAAGGCUUUUCCAACUACAAAGAAAGGAGGGUAGCUGAAGCGUUCCAUAUAAUGCUUAAUCCUACUUCUCUCAAUAGAAAGGAAGGCCUCACCAUACAUCCUACUUGGACCAUCUAUCCUAGCCAUUCAGUCUGAUCAUAUUUACAAUUCACACUACCAUAUUACAAAUUGAACUCUAUCCUUUCUCACAAGUUGAAAUCAUGAGCCAAUUGAAGCUAGACCACCAUGGAAAACCUAGAAGCACUGGACGGCCGUUUCGUCCUAGUAUGGGACUCCUCAGCAGUGCGCAUCCACGAACCCGCCCCCCGCGGGAUUCGAACCCAGGACCUGCUGGCUUCGCGCGCGAGCACUUAACCAUUAGGCCACUGAGCCGUCAUCCAGCGGAGUUCUAGUGAGAAGUAGUUACCAGUGGAGUUCAACCAGGUCUGUUGUGAGAUAGGAACUCACUGAAGACAAUGGUGUACGGUGGCGCAACUUCGUGGAUUGGUUGAAGUUAGACAUUAACACCACUGGAUGCCGGCUCAGUGGUAUAAUGGUUAAGUGCUCGUGCGCGAAGCCAAUAGGUCCUGGGUUCGAAUCUAUCCUUUCUCAUCAUAAAGGUCACACAAUUUUUCAUUCUUAAACAAUGUACACAUACAUACACACAAAUCUACAUACAUAUCACUUAUGAAUCACCUAGACAGAAAUGACAUGACAUUAACUUGUUCGGACCUGUUUUUGAUUGAUCAAAUAUUAUUCUUAUUGUUCCGUUGUACUAUUUAAACUUGGAUUAAUUUUACUUUGGUUAUUUAUUCUCUGAAGAAGUGACUUACACUAAGUCACGAAACGUCAGAUAAUGUAAUUUUCUACUCAUUGGGAUUUUACAAAUAUAUUAUUUAUAUAUGAUUUUUAAGGUAGAUUAAACCAGGUUUGAGUUUAUGAUUUUUGUGUCCAAUUUAAACAUUAAACCUGUUGAGUUUACACUUUGUAAUAAUUCCUUGUUGAUGUUGACAAUGCUGCUUUCGAUGUAUUGUCUAGUUGGCGUAGACAUGACAUUAAAUAAAACACUAGUGACCUAUGAUUCCUAACAACAGAUCAUGUAUCAUAAAUUUUAUUGACUGGAUUUAAUUAUUUGGUCACUAGAAUCGGUUAGAUUCACUUCUAAAUUUCAGUAUCGGGUUGUGAAGGUUGUUGAAUUUUGAUUGAGAUCAUGAAUGAACCAAUGUUAGACCACCUCUGAAAACCUGGAAACACUCGAUGGCUGUUUCGUCCUAGUAUGGGACUCCUCAGCGGUGCGCAUCUGCAAUCCCACGUGCGCGACCAUGAAUACGUAGUUCUGAGGAGUCCCAUACUUCUAAAUAUCUUCAUUGAUUCCAUCGUAAAUGGUUUGGACGACUUGGAAAAUCUGACCUUUUUAUCAUAUAACUAAAGAAUAUGUUUUUCCGAUUCUCGCCUUAUAUUUUCCAGUUUUUGACUACCUUUUAUUUUCAGAAAAUACAGUUUAAUUAUCCACUGUACAUAUUGUUCAACACGAAGAUAAUGUAAUGUACAAUCAGAUCUAACUCGGAUAGUAUCUGUUAUCAACUAUCAUGAAAUAACUUUAUCGUUUUUCUAUUAUAUGAAUUACAAGGUGUCAAUCUACCAUUUGUAUUUUCUCAAUGUCUUCCAAACAUUAUAACCCACCUAUGGGAUAAUAAAUCUCAAAUAGACUCGAAUAAAGUUCAACAUGAUAACAAGUUUAUUGUUCCAACGUAGAUUUACAAAUAAAUAACAUUAAAAUGUUCACUACUAAAUCGCUAAAGAUAAAUGAUUCAUAUACCUUGUUUUCUGACGAAAGAUCUAGUCAACGUUUAUAAAUAACCGAAAAAUCAUGACUAAUAAAGUGAAAUGGUAUAUCUAUCAAAACACACCAUUUAUACUCCUAGUGUAUAACACACUGAGAAUUCGUGUUGUUAGCAAAAAGCGAUCUAUUCAGUUAACUGGCUACCACGUGAGAAAGUUACAAUUUGUUCUCCCCACUGGUUUAGUUUUGAUUAUCUGAUUUCUGUCAUAAUUUUUUCGCAUCGUGCUCUUAAUAUGGCUUAGUAAUAUCAAACGAUUCUUGCUCUCCUCUCUCUUAUCCCUUCUAAAAUUGCAUUUCAGGAUUUAAUUAGUUCCAUUUUCUAUUUUCCUAGCACCACUGUCGAAAUUGCGGCCUGAUAUUUUGUCACGAAUGUUCAUCCAGAAAAAUGGCUUUACCAAGUUCUGCCAAACCUGUACGUGUCUGUGAUACAUGCCAUGGAUUACUUUUACAUCGCUAUAAUGCUAAAUAAACCAUAAUAAAUGGUUUUCUUUUGCAACAGUCGUAACAACACACUUUUCGGAUAAAUAAUUGAAAAACAUACUUUUUCAGGUCUGAGCAUAAUAAGCUAAUGUGAUACAUUAAACUAAUGACAUUUAUGUUCAUUAUGUUCUGUCGCAUUUUCGUUUCUGGUUCCAUCAUCAAUAUUUCUUUUAACACAUUUAUUUCUUGAUUUUUAAAUGUAAUUUCACUAAUGUAUGUAUUGUCGUAUAGCUCACUUCUAUGAAUUUUUUAAUUCUUUCAAAUAGAUGAAAUCGUAGUUAUUUUUUAUUGCUCCUAUGCUUCAGUAGUCUAUUAACCCGCCUUCGUCAUUUCACCAUUCAUUCUAUUUUGACGUGAAAUAAUUCUCGACUAUAGUUUUUCCUCUAGCACCAUAUUUGGAACAAAUUAAUGGUGGUCAGGUCCGUUUUCUUUUGUAGUAUGAUAAUUUAAGUUUCAAUUCCAAGACGCUCCCUCAAACACUUCUAAAACUGAAGGGUUUCUCACCAGAUCAUUCACACGUCAAUUGUCUUUGUAUAGGUUGAUAGUAGCAGGACCGGACAACAUUCCAGCAGGGGCACUAAAAGCAGACGUAGCGGCAACUGCAAGGAUACUCCACAUCCUCUUCAAUAAGAUUUGGGAUGAGGAACAAGUACCAAAAGACUGGAAAGAAGGACUCCUGAUCAAAAUACCGAAGAAAGGCGAUCUCAGCAAGUGUGAUAACUGCAGGGGCAUCACUCUUCUCUCAAUACCGUGAAAAGUCUUCAACAGGGUAUUGUUAAACAGGAUGAAGGACUGCGUAGACGCCCAACUUCGUGACCAACAGGCAGGAUUCCGUAAGGAUAGAUCGUGUACAGAC